GCGACAACUCUAGGCCGCACAGCGCAGUCUCAUAUAAAAUCGCGUAGCCUAACCGCGACGAAUUCAGUUUGAUUGCAAACAUUAAACACAACAAGUGACUUGGCGAAAAGUAAAAAGAAAUUCAAAUUUAUUGGAGGACUUCAAUUCAAUUGAGAAACAAAUUCUUGUAUUUUGCAAAGUAAUAAUUAUUCAAAAAGUGAAAAUCGCAUAAACGCAAGCAAAACACGAAAGCACACUAGCGAAAAUAGUGAAAACCUAUUAAACAUUCUGAAUUGUUAACUAAAGAACUAGACCAGUGAAUAAGCAAUUACGCGACAAUCACCAUGCAACACCAAAGUGCCUACAACAACAAUAAACGUGUGACUUCGCUACAACUAGCAUUCAGUGUCGCAUAUCUACUCUCACUCCUGAUGUUGCUUACCAGCAACACACCAAUGGCUGAGGCGCGUCCCAUGGACCUCUACGAUGAUGUUGGCGAUUUCUUCGAUGCUGUCUCCCUGGACGAUGUGCCAUUAUCCGGCCGUUCCGCACCGGAAACCUUCUGCCGCAUGCCAAUACGCAAGGGUGUUUGCCGCGCGCUUAUUCCACGCUUCAGCUACGAUCCCAGUCGCAAGACUUGUGUCGAAUUCAAAUUCGGCGGCUGCGAUGGCAAUGAAAACAACUUCUCCAGCUAUGAGGCGUGCAUGGCCACGUGUGAGGGCAUGUAAAUGUGCACGCACACCCACAUAUAUCUGCAUGCAUUUGAAUAAAUAAGCGCCGCACAAGUGCAAAAAUGUUCCUCAUACGCCCCGAAAUUGCCAAUUGAAGGCUUCAAAGCAUCACAUCCCAUCGCAUCACUCCCACAUCUGCAGCGUGGUUAAUCGUCCUUUCUGGCGUUUCCAUUAAAUAGUGUUCAUGGCAUUUUUAUUCACUUGUAAUUUAAGGUUUUUAAUUUAAUUUUUUUGUUUUUAUUGGUAAACAUUAAUAUUUUUCACACACACACAAAGGCACACUUCAUUGACUCGAAUGCGAGAAAUUUUCUACAUUUUCAUUGUUUGUGAUAAAUUUUGGUUUAUUUGUAGCAUCUAAGCAUUUCUUUUUCACCAAUCGAAAACCGAAGAAAAUUAUUUUUUUAUUUUUUAAUAAUAUUUAGUGUGCAUUUUUGCAUUGUACGAAAUAUUUGUGUAAUUGCUUUGGUUUUUAACGAAUUUCAUCUGAAAAUUAGUGCACCCGUAUUAUUUAUUAUUUAU